GGGGCCCGAGCCGCAACCAGAGCGGCGGGCAGGACGCCCUCCUCGUGCUCGACCCCCGCCCCGGCGCCCGCUUCGGCCACCCCCUCCUCCUCUUCUACGUCGACUUCAACAUCAGCCCGCGCCGCUGCCGGAGCCGGGACCGCCUCUACCUGGGCAGUUACGAGUGUUUGACUCUUGCCCAGAGGAGCCACUGCGAGAACCAACUGAAGCGAAGGCCAGGGCGUGGCAAAGGACGGAGCCAGUGGCCAACAGGCCGUGUUCGCCGAGAGGAGCCCCCAGUUGGACUUUGUGAAAUCCACUUUCUGCCCAUGGCAGUCACAGUGCAGGACCCAAAACAUCUGCAAAAAUUGCACUGUGUGGAUCUCCGUGGAUACAGUCCGUGCCCACAGCCUCUGCCCCUUGUUGGCUCUGGUUCCACAGCAGCUUAUUGUGAGCUCAACAAGAAUACCCGCCGGUGCCAUCGCCAGCAGCUUCCGAUGUACAAGUCAUGCCGCCUGUAUCAGACAUGUGAUCACGCUGUGCUGAUUGCAGGUGGCUGGCAGGAGCAGGUCACUUACCCCCACCAUGCUCAGAACCUGCUGCUCUUCUACCAGAUGCUUCGACAAAAUGGCUUCCACCAGGAUCAUAUCAAGGCCUUCUUUGCAAAUGAAGGGCAAGGCUCAGUGGCUGUGGAGAUGGGUGAUGUGCAUCCAGCCACGGAGAAGCUGGCAAUCCGCUCCCACCUAGCCUUGCUGUGCCGGAGCCUGCAUUGUGCCGAUUCAUUGGUGCUCUACCUCAAUAGUCCGGCGGCCAGUGAUGGCACCAUGCUGCUGUGGGAUGCUAACCAUAAUGGCAUUGCUGAUCCAAAGGAGCGUUACCCCAUCUCAGAGCUCUUAGCUGACCUGGAAAACUGCAAUGCCCGCCGAGUCCUCCUCUUCCUGGACCAGAGCUAUCCAGGGCCAUUGGCAAAGAAGCUGCGGGCCUCACGCCACCAUCCCAACGUGGUGCUGGUCCAUAGCACCACCAGUACCACCACUGGUGGGUCAGCUUUUGCUGAGUUCUGGGCAGGGCUGCAGCCUGACCAAUGUCUGCUCCAGUAUAUCUCGCCGGUGGGCCCAUGGUCUGCAGUCUUGGCUUCUGGUGUCCCAGCCCAACUUCUCAACGUCACUUUAGCAGGAGCACCCUGCCGUUCUGUGCCACCCCUGGGUGAGGCGGAGCGCCAACGUCGCUACGAGGGCUGUCAGAAUCUUCCUACCAUGUUAUGGUAUCAGAGCAGGCACCAGCAGCUGCCCCAGGAGGACGACUGAGCCUGGCAGAGUACAAGUCACGGCCUGUCCUCAAGAUCAGGACUGUACUGUAAGCCAUGGACCUUCCCCCAACCCACCCCCCAAGGAGGUUCUUGACUUCAUGGGACACUGGAGGAGUUAACUGAUCUGGAACAGCUUCCCAGCGAGUUGGUGUGGAACUGCUUUAGGACAUGGCUGGGAUAGGCUGAAGCAUUCUUAAUGAACUGGUAAGCAGGCCUGUCAAAGCUGGCCAGAGCCAGGGGAAGCCAAGUGUGGUGAAGUUUGAUUUUACAUGCUGCCACCCAUAUAUAUAUAUGGCUAUAGAGAAAAAUGCUUGAGUCACACACUGGGUGAAUCCAGCACCCAUCACCAGCUAGAAUUUGGCUGUGUGCAGAAUAACAGGGUGGCAAUCAAGGCUAAGGUGCAAGGUGUUGCUAAGGUAGUAUGGACUGUGUAAAUUGGCCCUGCACCCGCCCUCAUGGCUGGACUAUACUGCUGGUAGAUACUCAGCAAUGUGUGCCCCUAGAAAGGCAGAGCUGGGUAUCACUCACUCCCCCCACCGCCCCGGUCAGUGGCUAACAAAAUUCCAAAGUUGCCCUUUGUUGAGAGAGAAAAUGAAU